AUGUUGAAGAAGACCUCUGUAGCUUUUUUAACGGUUCUUGCGCCUCUUUGCGCCGCUGUCGUCUACGAUGCGACCUUCGACGCGCUCCCUCUUAGUACAAAGCACGACUAUGUCAUCGUCGGAGGGGGUGUGGCUGGAAGUGUCGUCGCCAAUCGGCUCACAGAGAAUAGCAAUGUCUCUGUGCUCCUUCUCGAAGCCGGGCCAUUCCACAAAGGAGUAAUCGAGACUGAAGUCCCGUUUUAUUUUUGGCUCGGAAUUCCUUCGACCUACCAGUGGAACUAUACCACAGUGCCCCAAUCGUCGGCCAACAACCGGAGUAUCGCUUACCCUCGAGGUCAUAUCUUGGGUGGAUCAAGCGCUAUCAACGGGUUGGUUUAUGAUCGUGCAGCAACAUCUGACUUCGAUAAACUUGCCAAUAUGAGUGGAGAUUCUGGGUGGGCUUGGGAGAGUAUGCUUACUUACUACGAGAAGCUGGAAACGUUCGGUCCACCCUCUGACGGUCACAACAUCACUGGCCAGUUCGACCCGUCAGUCCACGGAUUUUCUGGACCAUUAGGCGUUAGCUUGCCAGGAUAUUCUCAGACCCUUGAUUCUCUCGUCCUUGAAACUUUAAAUAAUGACACUUUUCCGUACAAUCAAGACUCAAACUCUGGGAAUGAAAUAGGUUUCGGAUGGCAAGUCUCCACUAUCCACAACGGUACCAGAACCACUGCUGCUACCGCCUACUUGGCCGAUAAUUACCUUGCGCGCCCCAAUCUUGACGUCGUCGUCAACGCUUUCGUUACUCGCGUUCUUGCUUCCAACGGAAGCCAGAUCGACACGGUAGAGUUCCACGCCGUAGGAAACACAACCAACCUAGAAGUUCAAGCUUCUCAGGAGGUCAUCAUGUCAGCGGGUUCCAUCAACACACCUUAUAUCCUCUUGAGUUCUGGAAUCGGUGAUAACGCCACCUUGUCGUCUAUGAACAUAACACCGAUUCACCACCUUCCGUCAGUUGGACAGAACAUGUCAGACACGACUGUGAUGUAUGUUAGCUGGGAGGUCAACUCGAAUGAUACCUUUGAUCCGCUUCUCAACAACGAAACCGCGCGGGCAGAAGCAUUCUCUGAAUGGAAUGCGACCAGGACUGGACGGAUGGCGAACGGAGUUAUCAAUUUAUCAGGAAUGUUGCGCAUGAACGACUCAGACCCAACCGUGCAAAGCAUAUACCAACAAUACAGCGAAUCUGUUGCUGGAUCUAAUGAUGCCGAUUUCGAGAUGUUGUUCAUCGACGGGUAUAUCAGCACUUCCAACAGCACAUACUUCAGUAUGCUAUAUGGUGUCUUGUCCCCGUUGUCCCGUGGAAGUAUAACUCUGAAUGCCUCAGACCCCUUGGGGCCCCCAUUGAUCGACCCCAAUUACUUUGCUUCAGAAUACGAUGUUUUGGUGAUGCGCCAGGCGCUCUUGACUGGUUUCAAUUUUCUUUCUUCUGAACCAUGGACAAGCUACCUUGGAACACCUGUAAAUGGAUUAGCCGAAGUCAUCUCAGCUGUUGGAACUGGGGACUUCACCGCCAUGGAUGAGUUAAUGCGUAAUGGCGUUCAAAACGGUGCCCACUUGGUUGCUACAUCUUCAAUGUCUCCGUACGGCGCAGACUGGGGCGUUGUCGAUCCUGAUCUGCGUGUUAAGGGGUUGAAUGGCUUACGGGUCGUUGAUGCCUCAGUAUACCCCUUCGUUCCUGGGGGUGCUACUCAACUACCCACUUACUGUUUGGCUGAGCGGGCGUCGGAUAUCAUCAAGGGUUCCCAGUAA